GAGGCGGGACGGACAGAACAGAGAGUAGACGUGAGUCAGGACCGGCCAUAGAAGGAGGCUGGAGAUUCAGGAAAGCAUGGCAGGAGACAGCGAGCUGGCGCUGCCCAACCACACGCCACAGAAUGGGCCGCCAUUCCUCAUCGGGGUCAGCGGCGGCACGGCGAGCGGGAAAUCGUCUGUUUGCUCCAAGAUUGUACAGCUUCUGGGACAAAAUGAGGUGGACCAUCAUCAGAAGCAAGUUGUCAUGUUGAGUCAGGACAGUUUUUAUCGAAUUCUGACUCCGGAGCAGAAAAGCAAGGCGCUGAAAGGCCAGUUUAACUUUGAUCACCCAGAUGCCUUUGACAAUGAACUUAUCUUGAAAACUCUUCGAGAAAUCAUGGAGGGGAAAACUGUACAGAUUCCAGUGUAUGAUUUUGUUUUACAUUCAAGAAAAGAGGAGCCUAUAACCAUAUACCCAGCUGAUGUGGUGCUUUUUGAAGGUAUAUUGGCAUUUUAUGUUCAAGAAAUCAGGGACAUGUUCCGGAUGAAAUUGUUUGUGGACACAGAUGCAGAUACACGGCUAUCACGAAGAGUACUUAGAGACAUCAAUGAUCGAGGUCGUGAUCUGGAGCAGAUUCUCUUGCAAUAUAUCACUUUUGUAAAGCCAGCCUUUGAAGAAUUCUGUUUGCCUACCAAGAAAUACGCAGAUGUGAUCAUUCCUAGAGGUGCUGAUAACCUGGUGGCUAUUAACCUAAUUGUUCAGCACAUCCAAGAUAUCCUAAAUGGUGGAUUAACAAAGAGGCAGACUAAUGGUUAUGUGAACGGUUACACAAGCCAACGGAGUAGGCACCCCUCAGAAUCCAGCAGCAGCCGACCUCACUAAAGUGCCCAGUGAAUAUGGAAUCUCUAUAUACUCUACACCAAUACAAAGUAUUCCACUACAACCUGGAGAGACAAACAAGCUUACUUUUUGGAGGAAAAUUGUUUCCUAUUGGCUAAAUGAGCUCUGGCCUUUACUUGCCAAGAAAUUUAACCCGACUACUUCAAGAACAAAACCUGCUGGAAUUUCCUGCUCAGUCAGACUUGAGAAGCCUUGGCCUAAUACGAUGCCUUUUUUUUUAUUUUUAUUUUUUUUAAUUAUUUUUUGCUUGCUUCUAAUUUUGAAUGGAGAAAGGGAAGGAUGGACUUAAUCUAAACUUGAACAACCAAACUGACUACUGAUGGAAAAUAAAGAUGUCCAUAACCUACCCUGAGAUCCCAUUAAAUCUAGAUUUGUCUGUAAUGUGAAAUCAUGCAGUUAUUUUGC